AUGAGUGCUGAUGUCCAUACCCGUCUUCGGCGACGCCGUCCGCAAGUAUUAGAAAUACCAACGGCGAAAAACGCUGACCUAGCGCUUCGAAUUGUGCUGCCAGGCCUCCCGCCGCUGGUGAUCACCGAGAAAUCAUCACACACGCUCAAGAUGUCUCAAGUGAUCCAACGCCAGCAGCAGCAGAUCAUUGCCCUGAUGAAGGAGGCUCAAGACGCUCAGACUACGGUGACUACCCCUCCUGACAAGGCGGUCAAAAACGAAGAGGAUGAUGACGAUGACUCGGAUUUGUCGGCACCUAAGCUUAACGUACUGGCGGCGUCCAGUGAUACCCCCACUCUGGCCAGUAAACGGUUAAAGCGGGACAAUGUACCUACCCCUCUUGACAUUGGGUUGAUCAACGAUAAACUGGCGCGGCCGCUGAUUCAUCUGGCGCCGAUCCGCCCGGCAAUGAGCCGCGUGGGUGUACCACCUAUGAGACGUCGCCCUCUCCCCCAGAUACGCCGUGUCUACCGCCCGUUCCCCAACACCCACGUUACCUACCAAGCCUACCCUCAAGAGUAUGCUGUGCCCUACGUGGCGGUGCCUCAAUGGACGCCGUACCCACCGCUCUCAGCAUACCCUUACCCUCACCCGGUAGCGGCUCGCAGACGGCAUCGCCCGACGCCGAUACCAGCCACGCCUAAGCAUCAGGCUAAGUCGGGGAAAGUGACCGACGUCUACCACGGCGACUAUACUCGCGCGGCGCCAUUGCUGCUGCAACCGUUGCUGGCUCAACGGGAAGCGUUUGAUCAGCGCCUGAGUCUGAAGCUUGAGGAAGACCGGAUGCCAGUGCUGGAGGAUGAGGUUAAGGAAAUGCAAGCGAAAUACGACCAGGGCAACGUCAGCAAGACUAAUACCAGCGAGAUUUUUGGCUCCAUCAGCUUGAUGGACGAGCUGGUAUACAAAUUUCGCAUCUUCCGCAAGUCAACUCCAGAGCAACUAGAAUCCGGUUUAGGGGGAAAAAAGGAGACUAGUGAUGCCGUCGGAGCCGACGACGAUAAGGUGACGAACCCGAGUGGGGCGAAAGAUCACGAACUGGAAGCUGAUUGGCUCCGCCUGGAAAAGGAAAAAUUCCUCAAGAUCUGUGAGACUCUGUGGGACACGUUUGUCGACAGCCGAACCAAGCAUGCCGAAAAGUAG